UAAUUAAAUAAUCGAAAUUUGUUAUUCAGUUCGUGUAAAAGAAUGUCACUGAAUAAAAAUGUUUUAAUAGUAUACGCUCAUCCUGAGCCAACAUCAUUUACUGGUUCGAUGAAAGAUGUUUCCGUUAAAACAUUGGAAAGUAUGGGGUGUAACGUUAAAGUAUCGGAUCUCCAUUCAAUGCAUUUCAAAGCAACAACAUCCAAGGAUGACAUAAUGGGAGAAAUUACUGCCACCCGGUUCGACUACUUGAAUGAAAAAAGCGCAGCAGUGAAAGAAGGUCGACUAAGUCAGGAUAUCAUGGAUGAAAUAGAAAAAAUCGAAUGGGCUGAUUUGCUGAUAUUACAUUUUCCAAUGCAUUGGUUCAGUAUGCCAGCAAUCAUGAAAGGAUGGUUCGAUCGUGUUUAUGUAUUUGAUAGAAUUUUUACACCGCAGCAAAUGUACAGUACAGGGAAGUUCAAGGGGAAACGAGCAAUAAUUGCAACCUCAACUGGUGGUUCUGAAGUUGUGUUUAAGAAAGGAAUUCAUGGUGAUAUGUCUAUAUUUCUUUGGCCAAUACAGAGUGGCCUUCUCUAUUUUGUUGGAUACGAUGCAUUGAAGCCGAAUGUAUGUUUUAAUGUUCGAUCCAUAAAUGAUGAAGCUAGAAAAAAGAUGAUAGACCAAUGGGCAAAUCGCUUACAAGGAAUAUUUGAUGAAGAACCUGAACAAUUUCUUUCAAGAGACGAUUUUGAAAGGAACGGUUUUGGCCAGAUAAAACCGGAAUCGUUAGAAAAAGCUAUGAAGAAUGGGACUUUACCUGUAGGACAAAAAGUGCAGAAUCUAUUAUGAUUGAACAUCAUGCUUUCGUAAUUCAUUUAAAACAUUAAAACAAAGAGAUUUCAUAACAACAAAAAACACCAUAAAUUGGAUGAUGAACAACAUCUUAGUACAACAAAUUAUAUUUAGUUGAUAAUUGAGUUUGGGUUAAUGAUGAAGAAAAUAAAAGCGUUAACAUGACAACUUAUUAGUUCCUGAAUACAAACUUUUUUGAAAAAUAUUGUUGGAGUUAUUAUAUAUUCUUAGUACAGGUUCACAUAUUUUAUUCUUCAGUAUAAACUAUAAAUAAUAUUUUACUUUGUUUCAUUGGCGCUACAUUUUUUUUAUACAUGAAAUGCGCUGUAACUGCUCAGCUGCAAAAGCUGUAUUAAUGAUACACACUGUCCGAUAUACCAAUCCAAGCUGAAACAAGGGAGAGCGAUGUUCAAAUAUAUAUAUGGAUACAAAGACCAAAACGAAGUAGUACGGGUAUGCAAUCUGUCACAGUGGACUACCGGUACCGCAGUCUCCACAACUGCGCUUGACCACUAACGCGAAUGCGGCACACGCAAAAAACGAAUCUCAUAUAGCCCCCAGACAUUUUUGAAAUGAGUAACACCCAAUAUUUACCGGUCCGAUAAUUAAUUAUUGACACAUUUCGUGUCCAAUAACCAAACCAAAUAAAAAGGUUAUCGCCAAAAAAAUUGAGCUUUCCUUUCGAAUUUUGAGUGAAGAAGUAUUUAAUAAUCUGGAUCUCUCCCCAGAAGUUGUCGAUGUUAACAUUACUUGUAGAUUGGUUUAAUUCAUUCUAGAGCUUUAGAAGGCCACUCUAUCGUCUACAACUUUUAAUAAAUUUGUCCCUUUCAGCCAAAUCUAUACUCGAUCGACUUACGUCACAUAUGCAUAUUAGCACUGCUAAAUUAAUCGUGUUAUUUCUAAAAUCAAUCAUAUUAGGUUUGGGAUAAAUCGCUUCUCAAUGAUAACAGUUCUCCAACAAUCAAGUUGCUAAAACUUGACUAUUGUUUAUUUAGAUAUUUGAACCUUGGGUGUCGCUGCUUGAUAACCAGCAUUGGUUCCCCGUGGCUUCCCCUCCCCAGUGAAAUGUGUAUUUAAUAUUAUUUAUUCGUCUUAAUAUUGCAUGGUAACUUUUUUACUGGAUGGAAAAAAUAAACUUGACUAUGACUAUGUAGAUGUAUAUAGUGUGAUAGUAUCCAGAGUGCGUUCAAAACUUCUACGCCGCUAUUUAGCUUUUGCAAUAUAUAAUGUUGCAGUUAUGUAGUUACAUUCGGUAGCACAAACAUGUUUUAUACCUCAUUCUGUCAGACCCCAAUACUGAAUUUAAAAUAGCUUUGAAGCAAUUUUGCCUCCUUUUGCAAUUACCAAUCCUACUGUUCUUUUUUCUUUUGAAAUUAUCAAUGCUGGUAGUGAAAAGAAUUAAUUACUAGAUAUGAACUAUAAUAUUACCUAUAUCAAAAGGUUACAUUUGUUAAUACUAAUACUUGAAUAGUAGGUAAUGCGUAGACUCGAUACAAUAUUUACGAUGCACAUUCUAAUAACACAAAAUCUCGUCAGCAUUUCUAAAUUCACUCACUAGGCGGUAUACUUGAUUUCAUUUCUAAAACAGGAUAAUUGGAAUGAUUUUACUGCGUAAAGUAUAUAUGUAUACGGUGUUAAAGUAACGAUGCAACAAUCAUUUCACACUAAUUUUAUUUGCAUAAAUUAUUUUGCUUUCACAAAAUAAAUUUCUUGUUUUAAAAGUUGGACCAAUUUUAUUCGGGUAUUAUGAAACUGAAAUAAUUUAUCUAGCUUGAACUAAUACUAGGGAUAGAUCAAGAGAUCGUUACGAUAAGAUUGAAAGU